CUCGUCAAACUUUCACUUUCCACCGUGUGCUUGUUGCGAGCGGGGCCUGGCCGGACGGGUGGCCGCUCUGGGGGCUUCUGCCGCGGGGGGGAAUCUUCCACCCUGCCCCGGCCAGAGAGGACUGUGUGGCACCGAGGCGCUGAAACACUCACAAUAGAAACUGCAUGUCAAUGAUUCCAAUCGGUUACAUACAGUGCGCGGCCCUGCGUUAUUUGAAUUAAACCCCCCAAAGGGAUAGUUCAUUGAUCGCUUGUCUCUUUCCUGCGACCGUCCGCUCACUCCACACGAUGUCAAACAGCCCCAAACCUCGCCUGGUCUCUCUCUCCCACCGCAAGCUGCCCCUCAUCCCCUUCGCCUGCCUCUGGAUACCGUGCAGCAACCGUUUCGUCUGCCUUGGGACGGCCACCGGCUCCGGGGCUCAGGGCAACGGGCUGAUCGCUGUGUACGGGACAGCGAGCGGAGAGAUCAGAGACGUACACACGAUUGAGAAGCCGAGAGCAUUCCGAUGUGGGACAUUUGGAGCAUCUUCUCUCCAGCAGAGAUACCUAGCAACGGGAGACUUUGAUGGCAACCUCCACAUCUGGAACCUAGAGGCACCUGCGACUCCCUUCUACACAACCAAAGCACAUCAGGAGAUCAUCAACUGCAUUGACGGUGUGGGUGGACUGGGAAUUGGUGAGGGGGCCCCGGAAAUUGUCACUGGAAGCAGAGACGGCACGGUCAAGGUUUGGGACUCGCGGCAGAAGGACCUGCCCGUGGCAAACAUGGAGCCCGCACAGGGCGGGCACAGGAGGGACUGCUGGGCUGUAGCCUUCGGUCACGCAUGUAACCAGUGGGACCGCUGUGUAUGCGCUGGAUAUGAUAACGGGGACAUCAAGCUCUUUGACCUGCGCAACAUGGAGGUCCGAUGGGAAACCAAUGUCAAGAGUGGGGUGUGCUGCAUGGAAUUUGACGGGAAGGAGAGGAGUUUACAUAAGCUGGUGGCGACCACGCUGGAGGGCAGGAUACAUGUCUUCAACCUGCAUGCCUUCAAUGCCAACAACGACUUGGUGUGUCAGAGUGAGAAGCCGUACAAAUUCACAGCUUGGACGGUCAGGCACUUGCCCCAGAAUCGAGACAUCUUCGUAACGAGCGGCGGGGCUGGCAGUCUGCAUCUGUGGAAACAUGGCGAUUCUCCAGCACAACUUGAAAGGACCGACCACGAACGAGAGGGCAAGGAUUGUGCAGGCCCUACUCUCCUGAACAGCAUCUCCCUCUCCUCACAACCCAUCGGGAGCCUGGACUGGAACACUGACAAGCAGGGUCUCUGUAUCUCCGCAUCUUUUGACCACAAAGUCCACAUCGUCUUUGUGGCAGACCAGCAAACUUUCUAGAUGGGGACAGGGGAUACAGGUGGCUGCUAGAACCAUCCUUAUUACUUGAAGCUUUUUAGCAAUCAGCAAGAGUGUUGUAAUGUUAAAGAGACCCCCAUAGAGAUAUAAGGUGUGAAGUGUCACAAUACUGUAUUUUCUCAGCAGGAGUUUACACUGUACUAACAGCAUUGAGCCAAACUGUAUUUCUCAAUGCAAAGAAGUCUCAUCUCAUUGUCACGAUGGGUCCUUGGAUUAAUUAAAAAACUGUGAACACUAAA